GACUACCUUUACACCCCACAGUGGUAUCACUCCUCGGCAGACUCGCCCACCAACCAACUACCUUUUCCGUUGAUCUUGUGCUUUCAUAGCUUCGGUGAUAAUGAGUAACAUGGCGACAGAGAUUGUUGCCUUCAUCCUGACUACCUCAGGCUGGGUCCUCGUCUCCUCCACCUUACCCAUGGACUACUGGAAGGUGUCCUCUCUUGACGGCACCGUCAUCACCACAGCUACCUUCUGGUCCAAUCUGUGGAAGGCAUGCGUUACAGAUUCCACUGGGGUCUCCAACUGCAAGGACUUCCCUUCAAUGUUGGCUCUGGAUGGUUACAUUCAGGUGUGCAGGGGAUUGAUGAUCUCUGCUAUCUGUCUGGGCUUCUUUGGCUCCAUCUUCGCUCUGAUUGGCAUGAAAUGCACUCGGAUUGGUGGAACUGACAAGAUCAAAGCCCGGAUUGCCUUCUUUUCGGGAUUCAAUUUCGUUCUCAGUGGUCUGUGCUCUUUGACAGCAUGCUCCCUGUAUGCCAACAAGAUAACCUCAGAGUUUUUCGACCCCAUGUAUGUUGCACAAAAGUAUGAGCUUGGUGCUGCCCUGUUCAUUGGCUGGGCUGGUUCUGCACUGUGCAUUCUGGGAGGAGUGGUGCUCUGCCUCUCUCUGUCUGAUGGACUCAGCAAGAGUCAUUCUGGAAGAAGGCACGGCUACAAUGGAGGCGCGUCCUUUGUGUCCGCUCGCCCUGUUGGCCACAGCCAGCCCAUCAUCGUCAGGAGACCACCGCCAGAUUACAGCACCACCUCUCAGCAGUUUGAUAAGAAUGCCUACGUAUGAGAGGAGCUGAGGAUACAGCCUGUUAUUCCCAUUAAGGAGGAAACCAUCUGCUGUGACAUCCCAUGAGAUUCUGUAGAUAUUAUUUAAAUACAUUACAUCUGAGUUUUUUGUAUGAUUUUUUACAAUACCAUAAAGUAAUGUUGUCAACAAGCCUACAUCCAUUUUGCAGAUAAUUGCGCAAACCUGUCUUUCUUAUUGGAUUUUUUUUUCUUUUUACUAAUGGCUCUUGUAUAAUAGUACAGUCUGAGAUGUAUUCACAGUAUUCAUUUAACAUCCAGCCUGAAGCUUAUACCAAUGCAAGUCACGUGGUUUCAAGGAUCAUUAGAAGGUGACAUUUGAAGGGAAAUGAAUGCACUUUUAGCAAAAUGCCUGUAGGUGGCAGUAAUAGCAUAUUCACCUGCAUCCACUAAAUCAAUUAAUUCGAGUAAAGUUAGAGGGCAUUAGUUUUCUAUAUUAUUUUUUAUGUAUUUUGUAUAAAAUGUAAUAAAGAUCUUAUAAUUCACCUGCUCUAUUUGGUAAGCCUAACUCAUUGCAGUUUCAACAAUUGUUACCCAAAUGUGGCAAAUAGCAA